CAUACACGUUUAUUUCUUUUCAUCACAGCUCAACCGCCUAUUCUGACGUCACACUUCCACGACCAUGUUGUCAAUCCAGGUUCCCAGGUUUCCUUGACAUGCGCAGCUAUGGGAAACCCUCUACCCCAAAUAACAUGGUCUACCUAUGACGAGCCAGUACAAGAUAGUAACAGAGUUCGGGUUGGUGACUACGUUAGCAGAGAUGGCGCUGUCAUAAGUUUUGUAAACUUUACACGAAUAGAGGCCUUGGAUGGAGGGAUAUAUCGGUGCACUGCAAAAAACGACAAUGGAGUUGAAGUUCAUGAAGCGCAAAUAAAUGUCAUCGGUUCUCCCGUGAUCCGUCCAAUGAAGAACAAGACAGUAGUUGGAGGAACCAAUGUGGUGAUUAACUGUCCUGUUGGAGGAUAUCCUGUGAAACACAUCACUUGGGAAAGAGAUUCCCGACAACUGCCUCUUGGAAGAAGACACAGUGUAUUUCCCAACGGGACUCUGGUAAUUAGGAGUGUUGGACGGCUCGAAGAUCAAGGGACUUAUGUCUGUACAGCUAAAGGAGAAGACGGUCGUUCAUCAAAACAGGACCUUCACCUGCAAGUGUUGGUUCCACCUGUAAUAACACCAUUUUCCUUUCCUGCUGCGCCACGAGAGGGCAUCCGUACAAGUGUGACGUGCAUCGUUCAAGAAGGGGAUCCACCUGUUCAGAUCACGUGGUUAAAAGAUGAAUCUCCACUCGAACCUGACGGAAGCCUUUUAGUAGAGCCUACCGAUAUGUUCAUGUCCACUUUAAUAUUCAAAAACCUUAAGCCAAUUCACAGCGCCACCUACACUUGUGAAGCAUCAAACGAAGCAGCAGUUGUAAACUACUCUUCUUCCUUGAUCGUCAACGCUCCUCCUCGUUGGAAAAUUGAGCCCACGGAUUUGUCCGUCGUUACCGGAAGCUCUACUACGUUACACUGUCAAGCUCUAGGAAGACCGGAACCUCGUGUUAUUUGGAAAAAAUCAACAGGUGAGCUGUCGACCCAGUACAAAACUAUUAUCAGCGGUGCUAGGGUACAAACCUUAGUCAAUGGUUCCCUAGUUAUCCACCAGGUGGCGCAGGAGGACCAAGGCCGAUAUAUGUGUGAAGCCGGUAACGGAGUAGGCUCUACCAUAAGUACUGUCUUCAAACUGAGUGUUUAUGCGCCACCUAUGUUUCAGGUGAAGUUCACCUCACUUACUGUAAAGGAAGGAAACAGAGUCAGCCUUGUAUGUGAAGCUUUUGGUGACAAACCAAUUCAUUUUACGUGGCAUAAAAACCACCAGGAACUCCAAAGUAAACAUCAGCAAAGGUACACAGUGGACACGACAGUGAACGAUGACAUCACAAGUUCCGAGUUGAUAAUCUACUCAGCCAGUAGAACGGAUUCUGGGAUCUACAUGUGUCAGGCAAGGAAUAACUGGGGCAAUGAUGACCGAAACCUUCAACUACAGGUGUUAGGUAUUCCUGAUUCACCUCGAAAAAUACAAAUCAAAAAGGUCGAAGCUCGUAGUGUCACUUUAGCUUGGUCUCAACCAUUUGAUGGAAAUAGAAAACUCGUUAAAUAUAUAGUCCACUACAAACAAGAUUUAAAUAUUGGCCGCCAGGUGGAUGAACUUAUUUUAGAGCCAGACCAAAGAGAAGUUACCAUCCGGGAUUUGCAGCCAAUGGCUCGCUACCACUUCACUUUAUUUGCUGAAAAUGACCUUGGGCGGAGUCUACCAAGUGACGUCAUAUCUGUUACGACAGACGGAGAAGCACCUCAAGACCCCCCACAAGACGUCGAGGUCGUGGCAACAACGUCCCACAGCCUACGUGUUUCAUGGAAGGCUCCAGCUUUAAGACCCGAAAAUACAAGACUUCAGGGUUAUUAUGUCGGUCAUCGAAUCUAUGGUUCAGACGAGCCCUACAUCUACAAGACUGUAAGAAAGGACAGUAAUGUGGAGGAGCUGAGUGGACUGCUUCCUGGAAGGACUUAUGAAGUUGUGGUUCAACCUUUUAACAGUAAAGGAGCGGGACCUGUUAGCAAGGAGUUUAUUGUACAGACGCUUGAAUUCGAUCCACCAAAACCGGUAAGUGUAACCACGUUAUCAUCUACGUCAUCAUCCGUUAAGCUUCAUUGGACGAGAGCCAGAGGAGAUGACCAUCCAGUGGAAGGUCACUUAAUCAACUUCCGGCCUCAGGAUGGUAAUACCUGGACUGAAAUUCAGGUGUCUGGUGACAAGAAUACACAUUCUGUGACAGAUCUACAGUGUGGAAAAACCUAUCAGUUUCAGGUUACAGCCUUCAAUAAAAUGGGAAAAAGUGAUCCCAGCAGUAUUGUUUCUGCUACGACAGACGGUUCAGCUGCAGUGGCGCCACCGCAGUAUGAGCUUAUUUCUUUCAAUUCCACCACCAUGACAUUUAAUUUGGACAGCUGGAAUGACGGAGGUUGUCCAAUACGUCACUUUCUGCUUCAGUACAAGUCCCAAGGUCAGGUCGAGUGGACAGUGGUCGGUUCUCAACUGUAUCCUGAACAAGGGACAGUAGUUAUUACCGACCUGAAGCCAGGAACGUGGUACCUGAUUCUUAUGGCUGCUGUUAAUAGUGCCGGAGUCACGGAGGAAGAAUACAGGGCCGCAACACUAACACUCUCUGGUGCCACCAUGCUGCCCCCUGGUGACACAAGCCCACAGAGUAGAUAUCGAAGCCUGUAUAUUAUCGUACCUGUUUGUUGUGCUACUGUCGUUCUAAUCGCCAUCACUCUUGCACUUUUCUUCAUCUUGUGUCGUCGUCGAACUUCAACGUCUUCCAACACUUACGAAGGGGUUCGGAGCAUAGAUGACCCCAAGGGAGACGUGAUUGCCAUGACAGAUCUGGAAAAGCAGUAUGGUGACGUCACGGAGUCUGCGUACUUCCCUUCGCCUUACGCCACUACUCGCGUCCCUGUCUUUCCUCGCGAAGUAAUGUCUCGAGAUGGCGCCCCAGGUUGUCGUAGUCUUGUCCGGUCUACCACCAGAGGUCACGACAAUAAUUAUGACGUACCACAGCCG